GGAGCCUUCAGCUGUGGAGGGUACUGGCUCUCUUUACGGUCCUGGCUCAAAAAUAAAGACCGGAAAAAAAGAAAAGGCGACGAAACCUCUGCAACAGGACGGGAUAUGGAUAACAGUAAACGGACUGUGGUCGUUACAGGUUUUGGGCCAUUUGGUGAGCACACGGUCAAUGCCAGCUGGGUAGCAGUACAGGAACUGAAGAAGCUCGGACUGGGCGGUGAAGUGAACUUGCAUGUAUCCGAGGUUCCUGUAGAGUACCAGACAGUCCAGAGUUUGGUUCCUUCAUUAUGGAAGAAGUAUCAUCCACUGUUGGUAGUUCAUGUUGGAGUCUCGGGUAUGGCCACCACCGUCACGUUGGAGAAGUGUGGCAGAAAUCACGGCUACAAGGGCCUCGACAACAGCAGCUUCUGUCCUGAUUCACAGUGUUGCAUUGUGGGAGGCCCGGACUGCAUCAACUCAGUUAUUGACAUGGAAUCAGUCUGUAAGAGAGUGACGGCCUCGGGGCUGGGAGUAACUGUGUCCGUCUCCAAAGAUGCUGGAAGGUAUUUAUGUGAUUUCACCUACUACACAUCUCUGUACUUGAGCCGUGGUCGCUCUGCCUUCGUUCAUGUGCCUCCUCUUGAAAAGCCUUAUAGCGGGGAAGACCUGGGCCGUGCGCUGCAGGCCAUCAUCCAGCAGAUGCUUCAGCUUCUGGACCAGGCCGAAGAGAAAAUCCACUGCCAGCAGCACUUCCACUAAGUGACCUCCAGAUGCCAACCAGCCUCUCCAGCCCUCAACACACAAGAGAAAUUGCACUUAACCACAAGUAGCCAAACUUUCUUUCCUUUUUUAUUGUUGUCCUCAUUUGGACAAAAUGAAAACUUCAGAGUAUCACAUGUCUCAAGCGUUUGUUUCUCUUUGUUUUAGGUUUUUUGCUUCAUGUUUUUGUAGCCCUGACUCAGUUAUGCUUUAUUGUCUCCCGAUGGCGAGAAGAUAAAAUGGGAGUCUCAAGCCUAACUGUGCUGUUUCACACUUGAUGUUGAAUUGUUUCUUGAGUCCUUUUUCUUUAUAAGAAGUUGUAAUUUUGCCUUCUUUUACAAAGGUUAUUUAACUCAGGGAACGGGUUGGUUCCAGCUCAUAUUUCCCCCAAUUUUGUCGGGCCAAUUCUGACAAAAAAAACAAAACAAAUCCACCCACUGAGAUCUGGCCCCCAGGCUGUAAAAUAACAUUUUACAGAUCUCAAGUUCAGUCCUUUAGUUGUAGGGAAUUGUAUUAUGGAUGCACAGUUAUUUGAGAAAAUAUCACAGAAAACUUAAUACUGAAUAAAACUGUUUCCUCUGAGUGAGCUGUGUUUUGAAGUUGUGUACUACACAGAAUAUAGUAGUACAUAUUUUCUCUCUUGUUCAUUUUAUAUACGAGUUACUCUUUAGAAUACCUGCAAUUUAAUCAAACUUUUUAAGCAGUUUGUAUCAUUUAAAGAUUUAAAGUUUUUCUUUUUUUGUGUAGCUCUGUUUUAAAUUCAUUGAUAAAAACAAAGCUUUCUGUUGUUCCCUUCCUUGAAUCACAUAUAUGUGCUUAAUUUUAUCUGAGGAUUUGAUUUGAUGAAGUUGGACUGUCGGUUUACUCAGAGUUGGGCCUGGAAUUUUAUUUCUGUAGCACUUUCUUUAUUUUGUUUUUGAAUUUUUACUUAAUCUGGAGUAUGGACAGCAAUUGUAGCCGUGUGAAUGCUUCCAUUAAAUAUUUUUAUUUUAGUCACUUUAACUUUAAAUAUGUAGCUUUUCAGACAUACACACGUUCAUUUUUUUAUCUUUUUUGCCCCACAAAAAUGAUAAUGAUGCAUGUGAGGUAUCCUGCUUUAUAGGUGAGUUUUGCUUUAUUUUCCUGAGCUUUGGUUUGUUCUGACCUCUUAAACAAACUCCAGCAGAUUCAAACAAUGUGUUUGUAAUGGUGCUUCUCCCAGUUGUAAAUGUUCUGUUUUAUGACGUUUUUAUUGGAUUGUCCUUGGUUUGUCCUUGGCUGCUGAGUCGUCGCAACAGCCCAUGUCACCCAACAGCGCAUCAGUCCGUUGUAAUUUAAAUUUUAGCUUUGAAUGGCAUGCAUUCUGCUUCAGCAUCCCGUGUUUACCCAGAAAAAGUAGUUGUCGUAAACUGUCUUGGCUAUUCUUAGGUAACUAACACUGUGGUGUCAUGGCCUUUCAUUGAGUUUUUAAUCAGUUAAGCAAUUUGCUAGUGAGUUUGAGUAAAUUGGUAUUAUUCUUUAGCAGUGUGUGUUUUUUUAAUUGCUAUUCAGUCCCAUGGUUUGUACCACAAAGUAGCACCCUGGAGCACUGACCUGAACUGAACUGCUUCUCAGACCAAAUUUUUUUUGUCUUUUGUGAUUCAACUUAAAUCUUGGAUUAAAAAUCUCUAUCGGACCUGUUGAAAUGACAGGCAGGUUUUAGUUCUGCAUUUACCGGUGCUGAUAUUUUAUUGUGGGUGCUGAGAAGUGAACGGGAUGUGGAGGAGCUGCCCCUAAAAUGUCUACUCGCAAAAGUGAAAGCCUCAACUUUACACAUGAGUUGACCUCUGACCCUGUGCCUUGAUGUUGUUUAUGCGUGUUUAUGAAAAGGCCUUAAAAAUACUCAGCAGGUCUGUUCAAAGAUAUAUUACUGAUGCGGUCCAGUCAGAUGUGUGGCUACCUCAAAAAUAUUGAAUAUUGUUUUCCUUAUAUCACGGUUUGUGCUCUGUUGUACAAUAAUAUUAUGGCUCUGUGAUUUAUCGUGAGUUUCUCUGUUUCGGGAGAAUCCUCUGAAAGGUGUCUUCUGCUUCUGACAUUAACAAAGCACUGUUACAGUAUAAGUAACAUUGGCUUUUAAAAGGAAAGGCUUUGAAAUAAAGAGAAUUAAAAGCA